AUGCUGUCAGAGACCACGAAACUACCCGUGGUACAAACUGCGUGUCCGGCGGGCUACCAAAGGUUCCAGGAAAACUGCUUCAAGGCCUUCCCCCAAACCAAACCUGACUACACCUGGGCCAUGAAGGCCUGCUUGAAAGACGAAGGUUUUCUGGCCAUGCCGAAAGACGCCGCCACUAACGCGUUCCUGGUCCAGCUGAAGAAUGCAGUACGAAACGAUGCCGGUUUCUACAUCGGACUGAGUGAUCAAAACGCCGAAGGACAAUGGCGCUUUGCUGACGGAACCGCAUUAGGUUCCUACAAAAACUGGAACCCCGGGGAACCAAACAAUAGAGGGAACGAGGACUGCGCCACUUUGCUGCCGGGAUAUGGAGGCAAGUGGAACGUCGUACCUUGCUCCAGCGAUCGACGGUAUAUCUGCCAAGUCACACCAAUCCAUCCUGGCUGCUCACAAAAAGCAACGGACACCACCUACAGGUACCGAUGGGAUUUGCCGCAGCUUACGGGAACGGGCUUCACUUUUCAAGUCUCUGCCUACAAAGCUGCCUUCAUCGGCCUGUCACCAGAAAACCACGACGUUACCGACAUGUACGAAAUCGUCAUCGGUUUAUGGAGCAAUACAAAGUCAGCCAUACGCCGAGAGAAGAGGGGCGAAAAUCGCGCACUAGUCUCGACACCAGCUAUCAUCUCUCCAACAGAAUACAGGACCUUUUGGAUAAACUUGGCCCCAGACGGAACCAUUUCUGUUGGAAAGGGUGGCGUCUCUCAGCCAUUUAUGUCGUGGAGGGAUCCCAACCCGCUACGCGUUUCUUACGCUGGCUACUCUACAGGCUGGGGGGCCACUGGACGUUGGAAGUUCUGUUCCAACGAAGUAACAGCCAAUCCCAACUCCUCGUGCCCUGUUGCCGUCGGAAAUCCAUCCCCAGCUGCCCUGAUCGCAGUGAGCGUUGUUGCAGGAGUGGCGAUCGUCCUGGCUGUGGCAGCGUCCAUUCUGUACAUAGGAAAACGGCUCGAGCUGAGGAAGUUCCAUUCUGAUCAGCCACUGCUUGGUCGCGACGCGAGCUACAGGAGCAUCCCCGGGCAUCAGUAUGAGACGAUCCCGGGCACAGUCCGUGGUCCUCUGCCCAUUCCGGCUGCCAGGGUGCCGCCGGCUGUGAGACACACCGACAUAGAGCUACAGGCCAGGGCCAUGGGACCUGACAUAGGUCGCCAGGGGGAGGGCGAAGGAGGCAGGAAGAGACGGCAUCAAAUGACCAAGGACACUCGCGGUGGCCCACGGGAUACCAACGCCGGAGGUCCUAUUGGCGGGAUGCACCAUUCCCCUCGGCCAAGGGGGACCAGGGUCCCUGUGGGAUCUCCAUGGACCCUUGAGCCCGACUGUGACACGAGCGGAGGUUACGUGUUCGAGAAUGACGGUGAGAGCGACACGGAUGUGGAGUAG